AUGGUCACCCAUAAAGUUGUGCUGAUAGGUAUCGGAGGGGCGAGCUGCUCGGGAAAGACGCUGCUGGCUAAGCACAUCAGCCAAGCGUUGCCACAGAACGCAAUUAUCAUUCACCAGGAUGAUUUCUGUCCUCCCGCGGAGCAAGUGCCCUAUAGCAAAGAGUAUCCGGACCUGCAAGAUUGGGACGACCCAAGUUCCUGCAUUCUUUGGCAAAAGUUGCAAGGCUUUCUGGCAAAAGUCAGACAAACGGGCCGAGUCGAAAGUCACAGCUCGCAUGAUCAUCUGAACAAGCAGAACAAGAUUCCAAUUGACCAAGUGGUGUUUGAACGAUGGGCGGAGGCUUUCAGGAGUCUGGAUGCGGAACAAAGGCAGAAAGGUGUGGAGCUUAUCUGGGUGAUUGUGGAUGGCUUUGUGCUAUACUGGGACAAACUUGUGACAGAUAUGCUGGAUAUCCGAAUAUUCCUUCAAGUGCCUCCCAUCCUGCGACAUGACGAUCGUCACAGGCUGAACUUGGCUACAGAUCCUGAUGAUGCCGCCGAAGGAGGGGUUUGGACAGAUCCGCCCGACUACUUUGACAAGAUCGUCUGGCCCGGAUAUCUCAAGGCUCAUUCCCAUGUGCUUGACGGGCCGGGCUUGACUCAACUCAAACCUGAAUGGGGUCCGAAGGGACUUGAUCUCCAUGUCAUUUGUCCUGGGGAAGGAGCAGAUGGGUUGUCCGAGGCGUUUGGAAAGAGCUGCCAAGCUGUGCUCAAGGGCGUGGAGAGCGGAAAGGGCAGCAUCAUUGCUUGA